GCCAGCACAGCCAGCCAGCCAGCCAGCCAGCCAGCCAGCCAGGCCCAUUUGGAGCAGGGGAGCCCAGCCGUCUUGUCGCCCACAAUGGAUGUACUGAUGAAGGGGUUCUCCAUGGCCAAGGAGGGGGUCGUGGCCGCCGCGGAGAAGACCAAAGCAGGCAUGGAGGAGGCAGCUGCCAAGACCAAGGAAGGGGUGAUGUAUGUAGGAAGUAAGACAAAGGAGGGAGUUGUGUCAUCAGUAAACACAGUGGCCAACAGGACUGUGGACCAGGCCAACAUUGUUGGCGACACGGCAGUUGCUGGGGCCAACGAGGUGUCGCAGGCGACUGUGGAGGGUGUUGAGAACGUCGCUGCAUCAACCGGUCUGGUCAACCAGGAGGAGCCUGUAUACGAGGGAGAGUAUGGAGGAAUGGAGCAGGGCGGGGAAGGAGGAGAGGGAUAUUAGUCAUCUUCAGGACCCUCCGACUGCCCCUCGCCUUCCUCUCCUCGCUGUACCAGACUCCAGAUGUCCGACAUAUUUUUUUGUGACUUUACAGAACCAAAUCAACUAAAACAGACUCUUCCGGAUGCUGCACCCCAGCCCUCUCCCUGAUGCCCCCCCCCCCCCCCCCCCCAUCCCCGUC